UGUGUGUGUGUGUGUGUAUGUAUAUGUAGAGAUAGAUAGAUAGAUAGAUAGGUAGCUUUAUUCAUUAAUGUAUGAGUGUGUGGGUGUGGGUGUGGGGUGUGUUGCUUUUGGUUGGUUUCUUUAGUUGAAGGAAGAAAGUAGCUAGCCUUCCUAUUCGUCGCUCCACUUGGAAGAAAGCAGAGCAGAGUGGUAGUAUAGUAUUUUGAUGGGAGAGCAACACAUGAGUAAUAGCAUCAAUGUCAAGGAGAUGAUGGAAAGCGGCGAGGAAACACCACAACCACAAUCACAAUCACAAUCAUCUCACCACCAUUACCAUCAGCUCCAGAGGCAGAGUAGCAGUGCUGGUGCAGCAGCACCAGAGAUUGACAGAAAGUAUGGAGGACUUGUGCCAAAGAAGAAGCCUUUGAUCUCCAAGGACAAGCAGAGGGCCUUCUUUGACUCAGCAGAUUGGGCUUUGUGCAAGCAACAGCAACAGCAGGAGCAAGGUAGUGGUGGUGGUGGUGGUCAAGAAUCAUCAAGCAGCAUUAAAGCUAUAGAGACACUGCGCCCAAAGCUGCACAGAACUCCUCAUCACCAACUCCCUCCCAGAAGGCCUCCUGCUUCCUUCUAAUCUAACUUCUUCUUAAUUCCUAAUUACAAUCAUCUCAUCUCUACACAUUACUUGAUAAUUACUACUGUAAUAACAACAUCCUACUUUGGUUCUUCCUCUCCUCUCCUGUGUUAUUCGCUAAUAAUAAUAGUCUAUACCCAUCCCCAUUAUUAUUAA